AUGCGGACGUCCUCCUCCUCUUUGCCGAGGAAGAGGAAGAGGAAAGACCUCUCGCCUCCCGACACCGUCCCUCUCACCGGCGACUGGCGACCGUCAGUUAAGCAUGUCCUCCGACAGCAGUGUCCCCCGCGGUUCGAUAUUGUCGUAUCGCAUCGAACGCGGCGCGAUGUUCUUCAUCGGGGACGACGAGAUGUUUCCCCAUGUUCGGCGUGUCGUGAGGUCCCUGCAGGGAAGCUGGGGGAUUGCCAAACAGGCGAAAUUUCCGGCGAGCGAUGUCGCGAGCGGAGAGAGCGGAAGCGAGACAAAUGUGACGAGGGAAGCGACGGCGAAGGAAGUGAACGAGAGUGGCGACGACGAGGUGCGAAGGAUAUCGCGAGUAAGGGGACUCCUCGAAGAGCCCCGUUCGACGGCGGUAUCGCCAAGAGCGUCUUCCUGCUGGCGCUUCUCUGCGCCCAGUGUUGCCUGGCGGGCACCGAGGCGCUGGCCGGCACUCAGAAAUACUGCACCAGAACGAUCAAGACGCGAUACGGCAUCCUGCGCGGUAUCGAGGCCAGAUCGUCGACGGCCGUCGAGACCUAUUACGGCGUGCCGUACGCGACGCCGCCGCUCGGCGCGUUGCGUUACAUGCCGCCGGUCACCCCGACACCCUGGCGCGGCAUCAAGUUCGCCGACACCAUGCCGCCGGCCUGCCCGCAGCGGCCGCCGGUGCCGGACGAGAGCUUGCCGCGACAGAGGCAGGCCUACCUCAAGAGGCUGGUGCCCGUACUGGCCAACCAGAGCGAAGACUGCCUGUAUCUGAACCUUUAUGUGCCCAAAGCUCCUCACGGUAGUAUCGCGGACUCGCUACCGGCUCUCCUCCUUAUUCACGGCGAUUCAUAUUCGUGGGGCGCUGGAAAUUCAUUUGACGGAACCGCCCUGGCCGCUCACGGACGCCUUAUUGUCGUCUCCAUCAAUUUUCGUCUUGGCGUGCUUGGCUUCCUGAAAACCGGCUCGAAAGGGAGCGCGCAGGGCAAUUACGGAUUGAUGGAUCUGGUGGCGGGGCUCCACUGGCUGCGCGAGAAUCUCGGGGCCUUCGGCGGCGAUCCUGAGCGACUGGCGUUGCUGGGCCACGGCACCGGGGCGGCGCUCGCCAAUUUUUUAGCCGUCUCCCCUAUGGCGAAAGAGCUGAUCGGGAGGGUGAUUCUGCUCGGCGGUUCGGCCCUCUCGCCAUGGGCGGUGCAGCGGGAUCCGCUGGCGGUGAAGCGCCGCGUCGCCGAGAAAAUCAAAUGUCCCGGUGACGCCGAGGCCGACGAUAUCGCACCGUGCCUUCGUUUAAAGAACGUGGAGGAGCUACUGGCGGUGCAGCUGGAUCCGCCGAGAUUCACUUCCGGAUUUGCGCCCUUCGUCGACGGGGCCGUUCUGCCGCCGACAGUCAAUCAGAAUUUCCAGCCCACUGCCUCUUCUUCGGGACUAAUGCCGAUCGUGCCCGGGCCCGGCGCUGAAUUCGCGGACUUCGGCAACCGUGAUUUACUCUUUGGUUUGACGUCCGAGGAAGCUUGGGUGAAUCUCACCGAGGAAGAUUUACAGAACGGCUUGAACGAGACGAGGAGGGACCGUAUAUUGCGCACUUAUGUCCGGAACACCUACCGGUACCAUUUGCAUGAAAUCUAUUCGACUCUGCGGAACGAGUACACCGACUGGGAGCGGGGCGAGCAGAGUCCGGUGGCGAUCUGCGAGGGUCUCUUAUCUCUCCUCGGAGACGGCCAAGUCGCCGCGCCGCUCCUCCGUCUGGCCCUGCUGCACUCGGCCUCGGAGGGACGCGGCUACUUCCUGCACUUCCAGCCGGGCGAGCUGCCGAGCCAGCGGGGCGAGGAGGUGCCGUAUCUCCUGGGUAUACCUCUUCUCCGCGGCGAAGUCACGUCCGCGGUGCCGCCCUACGGCAACUACACCCCCGCCGACGAGAAUCUGUCGAAACUGCUCGUACACUACCUGGCUAACUUCGUGAGACGCGGGGAUCCGAAUGGCGCGAGUCCUUUGUCCUCGGGGGGACUGGAGAACGGCCUGGCGGCGAGUCCGCCGUUCUGGGACUCGUACGAUUCCAUAAAUCAGCUGUACUUGGAGGCCGCUCACAGCCCGGAGAUGCGCUCGCACUACAGGGGCCACAAGAUGUCCCUCUGGCUGAAUCUACUGCCGCAGCUGCACCGGCCGGGCUACGAGAUCAACAUGCGGCACCAUCAUCUCGCGGAGAAUCCCGGCCUCUACGAGGGCCCGGUGCGUCCGCAGAGCACGGCCGUACCUCUGCCGGCGCCUCCGUUACCCAUGCCAUCCCCCACGGAACCCUCCUCGAUAAUGACCGCGCUGUCGACCACGGAAUGCACGCCGAACGCGACCGUCGCGACGACCAUCACGCCCACCACCUCGCGAACGUUGCAGAUCUCGAAUCUGGGCCCGGGCCCGAACAACCUCCUGCGCAAACUUGCUUCCAGCCACUAUCAGAGCUACACCACGGCUCUCACAGUCACCAUCGCGGUGGGUGUGUUUCUGCUGCUGCUCAACAUCCUGAUCUUCGCGGGGAUCUACCACCAGCGCGAUCGGAACACCACCGGCGGCGGUCUGUCGGGCGCUUUCAGCAACAAGAAGAAGGAGGAAUUCCUGGAGGCUGGCUGCUCCGGCAUGGACGCCUCGGGUACGGGCAAGCAGCGACUGACGUCCUCCAUGGGCCUGAUGGACUCGUCGUCGAUGCUGCCGCCGCACAAGGCGAAGCUCGUGCAGGAGCUCGAGCUGCAGCUGCAGGAGUUCCAGUGCUCGCCGCCGCCCGGCGGCGGCAAGCGGAUCCUGGAGCCGCCGUCCUACAGCAAGAACCCGUGCAUCCAGCGGACCCGCACGCCGUCGCCCUGCGUGGACGCUACCAUCGCCCAGAUGGACGACGUCAGCAACAUCGGCGGCCUUCACCACGACAGCGAGGACGACAACGACGAGCUGCCGGAACCGCCGCCUCCGCCCAAGGCCCCGGCGCCGAACGUCGGUCUCACGUGUCCCGGGAUUCUGCGGCAGCCGGGGACGCCCGGUAGCGCGAAGAAGCGCGUGCAGAUUCAAGAGAUCUCCGUGUGAUAGGACGCUGGAUUCCCGGACCUACUCGAGAUCUUUGAUGUUUUGAAGGAGAUGCGGUUCGCCGUGUGACACGGGCGCGCGCGAGACGAGAGGACGGCGCCGAUCGAGAUCAAGUACGUAGGCAAGGGGCACCUUUGAACUCUUACCAUUAUCGGGAAUACACUUCCCGAGGGGGUGCGAGAGGGCACGCUCUUCUUAGUCACUGUCGAAGCGAAUAUUUCGUUCCUCAUAAUCUCACGAGAUUAUUAUUUCCCUGUAUUCCGUUUGACGAUAAAUAGCAGCACGUUCUCGCGUGUUCAUUGCGUUCGGUUAACUUGUGCGCGAGACGAGAGCGCGGAUUACCCUCGCGUUAACGUUUGGCGGCCGUGUUAAUGAAUUCUCUUCUCGAGACCCCGUUCUUGCUCUUAGAACUUACUUGCAAACUGCUAAACACUGCGGAAACACGUUCAAGCUUACCUUGUUGUUGGAGUGAUUCUCGUCAGGAUGCCGACGUCAGGAUUAACGUGCGUAACGUUUCGCGAUUUGAGGAAAGUGAAAGACAAUUUUUACUCGCUCCGCAACGGAGUUGUACAGUGCCCAGUGUGUGUAUGUGUGUGUAUGUGUGUAUGUGUGUGCGCGCGCGUGCGUGUGCCCACGUACUGGUCAGCGUUGAAAAAUGUGCUUCGUUUCGAGGGGCUUCUUACCGCGGCCUUUCGUGAUCCACGUCACGUGUAACGCAAUUUGGUGAACGCGCAAACGGGCACGUAAACACGCACACACGGGAGAGAACACGCAGGAGGAGGUUCGUAGCGGUCCCUUUGUACCCGAGACGUGAAUCUUCAGUCCGUCCAUUAGGGACGGCAAAACGUCUGUUGCGCUUGAAAUUCACGGAUCGGCCGACCCUUUAGUUCACUGACUCUUCAGCCGGGUCCGGUCCGGCGUUCGUUGCGACGCAGAUGUCGCAUUAAACGGGGGAUUGACGUAAUCUCAGGAAUAAAAAUGAUGAACGCAAAGGACAUCACGCGGCAGGCAUACACAGGUGUCCGUCAUGGUGCUUCGGGCCCACAGCUCAGGCCCGGAAUCCUUGCCACAACACUAAAUGGAAUUAAUUGAGGAAUUGGUAGUCUUGGGCUUCGACUUCUAUAGGUUCAUAAGACGACGAGAGAGCGACUAGAGAGCUACUGUUACGUAUGUUCGUGCGUGAGAGACCGUGCGUGAGAUACGGACGCGAGGGACGAAAUGGUGAAAAGGAAAGGAUAGAAAAAAAGAGAGAGAGGAUGUGGAUAAAGACUUGGGAGAGGGUAAACCCUGUGAGACGCUAGCUUUCGUUAGCGUAAUUGGGCGUGUGUGUGCGAUCGUGUGCAAGGAAUUAGAACACGUUUGACACGAGAUAGGGCUAAACGGUUUAAACAGCUACGGGGAGUACUUAAGGAGAUACAGGUGACUCUCUCCUGGUGCUUUAAAAAUUUUGUCGUUGUACAAUGUGAAAUUGCGGGAGGAAUUCGAUACGCGAAGUUUUGGCGUUCCAUUGGAGGCGACUGCAUUAUACACUCGAGACAUCUUUACGAUGUAUACAUUUGUCGGAAAGUAUUGUGAUACGAGUUUUCUCUGACUUUAAUAGUCACCCCGAAGGCAGAGGGCGACGGCGGAAGGGAGAUAAAGUUGCGUUGUUUUCGAAAGUUAUAAAUUUGCUACAACUUUUUGAUGACCGCUAUAAAAGAAAAGUGUUUAGGUAAGAGUUCCUACUUUCGGCCGAUUGGAAAUUGGUCCGCGCAUAAACGCUAUGAAUUAUUGGUAGUAUGUAUCAACUUGAUUUCGCCUAAAGCUAAUCUGUUCCGUUUAUUCUAUAUCUAAGUUUUUAUUCACUUUUAUCUCUUCUUGAUCGUGCCUUUUUUUAAAUAAAUUUAAAAUUAUGUUUAUAUUCCCUUUGACAGUAGUCAAGUAAUGACGGAAUUUAAUACAAGUUAAAAUUUGACGUUGAGAGUCACCUGUAUAUUGUAAAUUUUCAUGCAAUAUUGGAAGUAUGGUAGUUUGGAAGGCGAAAAGUAUUCGGGUCCAUUUUAAUUUUUAUGUUUUUCUUCGGGGUGCUUAGACGUGUCGAUCGGCUACUAUAAUACGCGAUUAAUUUUCGAAUCUGAUCUGUUCAACACUACUGAUAGGAGCUAUUUAUUACGUCAAUGAUUGAAAUUGUUUAUUAUAUAAAAAUGAUCUAAGAUAACAAAAUGUAUAUCUAGCUUGUCUUGCGAAAGACAAGAUUAGCUUGAAGGGGCGUUUAGGAUCAAAAUUUACCAAGUCCCAAGUCUAUGAGAUGUAACUUUAAGGAUGGCAUUAGAUAUUGUUGCAAAAUUUCCCCAAGAAGAAAUUUUUGACGUCGUGAGUCGGACAUUUUGUAUGUAAAAUAAGAUAUAUAUGAGCCCCCUUCGGAGGCUAGGCAAGUUUUGAUCUUGGUUCGUCUCGUCACACACACAACGGAACGCACAACGCUCUUCGACGAAAUGUAAAUUGGAGAGGUGGCAAGAAUUGAAUCUUGACUUGAUUUAAGCCCCCUCCAGGAAACAAGUCCGUCGCGCAAGAGCAUCGGAGUAGAGAAAGAGAGAGAGAGACGGACGGGCGCCGUAAGCACCCCUACGACCGUAAAGACUUUUCGAAAAAAAAAAAUGAGAGAAACCGCGCGAGGGGCCACCGUUAGUAACCUAACUCCUAAUUAAUAUCUAGUCACGGGGGAAACUUGCCAUAAUUGAUUCGAUUGCACUCGCGUGUGUUAUCGUCUACCGGCAGGAUGUUGAUGAUGUUAACGUGUAUCGUCAAAGAAGCGGGGUGGGGUGGGAAGAGUAUACAAAAUCGGGAAGCUGUUCGAUCGAUCCGCCGGGAUAAUAAACAGUCGUUGGUCGAAUUUGGAUACGAUCGUUAAGUUAGCUUCAUUUGCAUCGUAAUUAACGCGGUGGGGGAAACUCAUUGUUACUCGCGCGGCUAAGAUUGAGCCCCGUGAGAGCUCUUUACUGUCACCGUUCCUUUCGUUUGCAGAUUCUUCAGUCAAUUAGAAAUCGACUUUCUUUUUCUCGACAGAAACGUCGAGAUUCAACUUUUUAUAACUAUGUGAUUUGAAAGUCACCAUCUAUAUGUUUCUUUUUUAUUUUAUUUAUUUACCCCUCUGCACCAUUGUGGGCUUCCAUAUUCAAUAAAAAUACGUUACGGGUAUGUACGUAAGUUUUGUACACUAUCAGCCAUCGUGACUUUAGAGUUACAAAUCAUGCUCUUAUAAUGGAAUAUUUAUUUCAAAUUCAAUAAUUAAUUUAUAACCUGCGAUCAAUAAUUUCCAUUCAUCAAUUAUGCAAUUUUUUUUCGUAAGCAAAAAUGUCAUAGAGCAUUAGAUCAUUCUUUAGUUGGAUCGAAAAUGAAUGAUUUUUGGUGAACCGAGGCACUAAUUUGCAAAAUUGUUAUUAAUGCAGAAAAGUUCAUUUUUCGAUGCAUUUAGAAAAUUGUAAAAGAAUCCGAAGACAUGCAAUUAAGAUUUUUUUCGCUAGAAAGAAUUGAUUGCGAAUUAAAUCGGAGGAUCCGCAGGCGAAAGAGAUGGCGGUACUUGUAUGACAGUGGGUACGCAUACAGAAUUAACGAAAAGAAAGACGCUAUGGACAUAAUAUAGAUGGCCGAGGGCAAAUUGACAUGCUGCCACAAUCUAUCUUGUGUCUAUAGAAAGCGCACAGACACAAAAGACACACCCAUACGUAUAUACAACUAUCAAUGUUUGGAAUGUUGGGAUUUGUUUAAAUAAAUACUUAAAGAUUCAAAGCGUAA